UUCCCGUUCGCUUCCACCCCCGAUCUCCCAAUCGAAACCAUUCCCAAGCAAAACACCCUGCGCGAUCCCAAACCCUAGCCAUGGCGACCGGGGCGGCGGCGAAGACUCCGACCAAGCCAUCGGCCCCCGCGGCGCCCAAGACCCCGGCCAAGCCCGCCCCCUCGACCACCGCGGCGGCGGCGGCGAAGACUCCGGCCAAGCCCCCGUCCUCGGUGGCGACGGCGAAGACCCCGGCCAGGUCCGUCUCCCGCGCGCGGUUCGCGCACGCCUCCGAGAACUCCGACCCCAACAUCCUCGCCUCCCCUCCCCGGACCACGUCCAAGACCCCCGCCAAGCCCGCCGCCGCCCCCGCCGUCUCCGCCUCCGUCAGGAAGAAGCGCGGCACGCCCGCCCCGCCGCCGCCGGUCCCGCAGCGCCGGUUCCUCGUGGCGAAGAAGGGAGCGCAUCGGCGGAGGCAAGCCGGCGCGAGCGGAGGAGGCGGCGAGUUCGACUUCGACAAGUGCCGCGAGGCCGCCCGCGAGGCGCUGCGCGCGUCGCACGAGGAGUUCUUCCUCAAGGAGCGCGCGGUGUCCGCGGCCAGCGAGGAGCAGGAGUCGCAGAAGGAGGAGGAAGCGGCCGAAGAUGAAGCAAACAGUGCCGCCGUUGUCGAGGAGGGGGAGGGAGCGGAGGUGGCGGAUUUGGAGGGGAGCGGCAAAGUCAGAGCGAUUCGGAGCAGAGUCAUGGCCAAGGCGAUGAACAGCGUGCCAGAUGCUGGGGCGGGCCGUGUCAAGCACCUGGUGCAUGCCUUCGAGAGCCUGCUCUCCAUCUCCGGGGCCACUGCUGACUCCGAACGGGCAGGCGAGGAGGCCUGGGCGCUGCCUGGAUUGCAGCCGUGGAACGAGGGGAGUGAGGGCUCGCCGGUGGCAGUGUUCUCCUCGUCCGAUUUCAUGAACAUGGGACCAACCAGACUUUGCAGUUCACUUGAUGGCAAGAGCAACAGAUCUAGCUGGGACAGCCAGACCGGAGGACGCAGGAGCCGGCGGAACUCAUCUGAAUCACUAAGGAGCAGCUGGAAUAAAAAGCUCAAGGUCACUAGCCAGCAUCCCUUCAAGCUGAGAACAGAGCAACGGGGAAGAGCCAAAGAACAACAGUUUAUUCAGAAAGUCCAGGAAAUGCUAAUUGAGGAUGAGAAGAAGCGCAUACAUAUUGCUCAAGGACUUCCGUGGACAACAGAUGAGCCUGAGUGCUUGAUUAAACCACCAGUCAAGGAAAGGACUGAGCCAGUCGACCUUGUUCUCCAUAGUGAUGUGCGUGCAGUUGAACGUGCUGAAUUUGAUCAAUAUGUAUCAGAGAGGAUCAAGUUUGGUGAGGAAUUAAGAUUGGAGCGGGAGCGUCAACAGAAGUUAGAGGAGGAAGAAAUGAUAAGGCAGUUGAGGAAAGACCUUGUUCCUAAAGCACAGCCAAUGCCGUAUUUUGAUCGGCCAUUCAUCCCCAAAAAGUCAUCAAAGACAAUAACAAUUCCGAAGGAGCCAAACUUUCAUCUCCGGCCUGAAAGGUUAUCAUGCGAUGCAUGGUCACUGGAAAGCUGAAGACAUGGCCCCGCAAGCAACAUGAAUGCCAGCUGCAUCUAGCAGGAGCCGCAGAGCAUCAUGAACACGCAUGAUUUAGAUGCUCCUCAUUCUUUCAAGUGCCUAGCUUCUUCUUAACGUCUCCAUGUGCAACCGUCUUUGUAGCUUGGGUGAUCUCCAACUUUUGUUCUGUGUACAUGCGAUUUAUGCAUUUCGAUAGCUCUGUGCUUCAGAUGCA